AAUUUUUUGUCCAAGAAAUAAAUACUCAUAAAUUAUAAAAUAAAUUAAAUUAAAUUUAUAAAAAAUGCAUUCUAUCAAGUCGUGCCUGAAGAUCCUUUUCCAAGGAGAGACCAACUUUAUUAUCUGCGAGAAUGCCAAUAACUACGAAGAGGUCAUCUCUCAAGCCAUGAAUCGCUUUGGAAUUUCGGAACAGGAUAGAGAUGCCCUGAUCCUGACCAACGGUCAGGGUUAUGUGUUCGAGGCCCAUCUACUGGAGUACUUCCUGCUGCUCUUCCCCUGCCCGGAGAUCACCUUCCAUCUGCGCUACGAUUUCCAGCGUCUCCGUCGCAGUCACUCCCAGGAGAGCCACUCCAUGAAACGCAAGCGUCCCACCGAGCAGCCGGAUAGCGAUGUGGAGGACGACGAGGAUCAGGAUGUGGACUAUGAGCCAGUGCCGGUAUAUCGUCAGAAUUGUUUCCUGGGAUCUCUACCGCCCAGUGGCAGUAAUAGAGGAGCUUUGGUCCAUCGACAGAAUAGCUUCUUAAGGGAAAAGCAACAUCUGGAGAUGUCCAGACUGCAGGACCCUCCCCAGGAGGAGGACCUGCGGGAGGAGCAAGAUGAUCGAAAGACCUCGCAAUCCAAAAGGCUACGCCUGGAAGUCUGCCACAAGUCGAAACGUAGUGCCUCCUCCAAUCCCCCACCGCCACCCAUGCGCUCCAUUCGCAUUUAGGUUCCCAUUCCCCUCUAACUCCUACAAGGUUGAACUUUUGUUCUUAAAACUAAAAAAAAACUAUAUACUCUUUAAAAAAAAGACCAAAUUUACGUCCAAAUACUAUAUCUAUUUUUUGUUUUAGAAUAAUCUCAAGUCUGUUUAUAUACUAAGGUAUACGAUAUUAUCAUAAAUUUUGACUUUAAUUGGAGAAGUAUUUAGGUUUUAGU